UCAGCUGGCGGGAACCAUAGCCCGAACACGGAUUUUGACUCCAGCUGCGAGUACUUUGCACGGACUGCUUUCACGUCACCCCGCCCGUCUGCCGUCUGCCCGUCUCCUCCCUGCAAUCUUAUUGCGACCAUCCCUUUUGAGCGCUUCUGAACUGGAGAGACAGAGAUAAAAAAAAAAAAAACGAGAGAGUGCGAGAGAGAUACUAAAUAGAUUCAGGCACCAACGUUACCUACCUGCUCGAGCGUAAUACGGGUAGGACGCUCAAGUACGCACGCGUCCACGCGCACUCGUUGAGUAGCAAGACAAUAAAAAGCAAGAAAUAAAAAGCAAAAUUGGAAUUGGAGUUUAAAACACGAAGGCUACUCCUUAAAAAUAAAAAUAGAAGAAUACAGCUUUACUGAAAAAAGCAACAGCCAUGCAUCUAAACAGAGAAGAAGGGAACAGCAAAGGGUCUCUAUCUAUCAGUGUGUUCCUGGUAUCUCUGGGGCUGACGGUGUGUGCCGUGUGGCUCGUAGCUCUGUGUGGAGUCUGCACCUGGUGUCAACGCAAACUGGGGAAGAGGAACAAGCCUGGGGUGGAGGCAGCCAGCACCCCAGAUUCAGUUCAGAUUCGUGGCCGAGGGGAAAACAAAGCCAUCAAUGAUCUAGACAGGGACUUUUGGAAUAACAAUGACAGCAGCAACGUGCAGCAGAGAUGGAGCUCCUACCCGCCCAAGGAGUUCCUCUUAAACAUGUCCCCCUAUGCCCCGUAUGGAGACCCUCGCCUCACGCCCAACGAGGGGAAGAUGGUUGUUCUGUCUCUAGCAAUCGGGCUGGCUGAACAAGAUGAUUUCGCCAACCUCCCAGAUCUACAGGAAGCACCGGCGUGCCAAGAAAACUCAACUCCACCGGACAAAUCAAGCAGGAGCCUGGGUAAGCCUGGGAGCCAGACCCCAGAUGAGGCAGGCCGCCUCGGGAACCCCUCUGUCACAGACCUGGCCAACUCUGUCACCACCAGCGACAUUCACAUGCUCUCUCCAGGCUCAGAAGAGGACACAGAAGGGCCUGUGGUUGAGAAGUUGGGCCGGAUCCAGUUCAGUGUGGGCUACAGCUUUCAAGACUCCACCCUGACCGUCAAGAUCCUCACGGGCCAGGAGCUCCCCGCCAAGGACUUCUCUGGCACCUCAGACCCCUUCGUCAAACUCUACCUGCUGCCUGACAAGAAGCACAAGCUGGAAACCAAGGUCAAGAGGAAGAACCUCAACCCUCGCUGGAACGAGACCUUCCUGUUUGAAGGGUUCCCCUAUGAGAAGGUUAUCCAGAGGACCCUCUAUAUGCAGGUGCUGGAUUACGAUCGCUUCAGCAGGAACGACCCCAUCGGGGAGGUGUCCAUCCCCCUUAACAAGGUGGACCUGGGCAACCAGCAGACCUACUGGAAGGAGCUGAAGCCCUGCAGCGACGGCAGUGGGAGUCGAGGAGACCUGCUGGUGUCACUGUGCUACAACCCCCAAGCCAACACCAUCACUGUGACCAUCAUCAAAGCCCGCAACCUCAAAGCCAUGGACAUCGGAGGCACCUCUGAUCCCUAUGUGAAGCUGUGGCUGAUGCACAAGGACAAGCGUGUGGAGAAGAAGAAGACGGUGACAAUGAAGCGCUGUCUGAACCCCGUGUUCAACGAGUCCUUCCCCUUCGACGUCCCUGCCCACGUGCUCCGAGAGACCACCAUCAUCAUCACCGUCAUGGACAAGGACAAGCUCAGUCGCAACGAUGUCAUCGGCAAGAUCUAUCUCUCGUGGAAGAGUGGUCCGGCGGAGGUGAAGCACUGGAAGGACAUGAUGGGUAAACCUCGUAAUGCCGUGCAGCAGUGGCAUGCCCUCAAGGCCUGAUACUGUAGGUCCAGCGACAUCCACCCAGACCAUCCCACCCAGCCCCCUGCCCUCCCACCCUAUCGUUAUGCAGAAGGCUGACUCGCUGCGGAACAUGGGUACAAAUAGCCACCCUCUCCUCCUACCUGUCCUCUCUCAGAUCCCUAAUGAACUUCACCUUCCUCUACUCUCCUCUGUUAAGCCGGGUCCUUUCUGAGUCUUGUUUCUUUUACCUUCCUCUUAACCGUUGUUUUUUCUCCUUUGUCCUUUCACCUUUACCCUGUUUGACUCUGGAGCAGUACACUCUGCCAGCCCUAGGGUGAGCCUCAGCCACCAACAAAAACAGGGUCAAAUAGACAAUAUAAGAAUCCUGCGUAAGGAGCUGUAACAUUGUAUCUGUGACUGUGUGAAAGACUGACUGGCAAGCCACUGACCUGGGCCAGGAAUCCAGUUCCACCAUUCAUCCUGUGUCUCUCCAUCACUCUCCUGUGGCAGUGAGGGGAGGCGUCUUCUCUCCCUAAUCACUGCUCUCUCUGUCGUCAGGAGCGACCUGGUUGGCUGUUCAUCUUUUUUUUUUUGCUUCCCAUGUUGACCCUUUGCUCCGUUCCCUUCUGCAAACCCACAGAGAAUACAACAGGAAGGAUGGAUAGAGAGAGAGAGAGAGAGGCAAGCCAGUGGAAUAGAAGAUGGACUGUCUGGAUCAUAAAGGAAUUAGACGUGACACUGUCACUCCACCCCACUCAUCAUCUCUCCCAUCUCUUUCUCUGGCACCACUGUAGUGAUUCUUCCUGACUGGACCCCCUUGUUGUCUAUGCGUGCUGUGGGUGAUGUGCUGUAACUCCAAAUGACGUUCUAGAUCGAAAAAUGAGAAAAUGACUGAUCAUUUACACUGGUCCAUGGGGGAAAUGUAAAAAGACAUUCCUAUUUUCUGGAGAGAAAAAAUUAAUACGGACAGAAAAAGAGUAAAGUCAUCAAUGUUGUGUUUUGUUUUUGUUUUUUUAAAAGCCUAAAGAGACCAAUCAAAAUGUUCUUCCAGAGACCGUAAAUAGAAGCAAAAAGACAGCUAUUAUUCCGUGUGUGUGUGUGUGUGUGUGUGUGUGUGUGUGUGUGUGUGUGUGUGUGUGUGUGUGUGUGUGCGCAUGUGCGUGUGCGUCAGCGUCAGCUAGUGUGUGAAUGCGAGUGUGAGUGCGAGAGCAAGUGUGAGUGCACGUGUGAAAGUAUUGGGCUUGCACUGCUAUUAAAUGAAUAACGACAAUAUUACUGAUAAUAAUGAUGAUAAUAAUCAUCAUCAGUAUUCUACUGGAUAUGUUUGAAGACUUGGCGAGGUCACAGCGGAUAAGCAGUGACAGAGGGAGAGGGGUACAGUCUGUAGGGUAAUGCCUGCUGCCUGGUGUGGAAAGGGAAGCAGAGGAGGAACUUGACAUGAACCAUCUGAGCUGCUUUCUCGCAAUUGCAUCAUCCACUGCAGAUAACCAUAAAUAAAUGCCCCUCUCCCAACCAAGUCAGUUUUGUUUCUAAAGGUGCACUAAGACAAAUGAUCUUGUCCCCAUCAAGGUUGUUAACAUGACCUGUUUGUCCCUGUCAGUAAUGUUGUGUAAUUCUGCCUGUCUAUUGGAACCUGUGUCUGUUACAUCAGUUAGUCUGUAAGUCAGUUAGUCAACAUCUUAUUCAUUAGUGUGAAUGUUAUAGUCCCCUGUAGCUCAGUUGGUAGAGCAUGGCGUUUGCAACGCCAGGGUUGUGGGUUCGUUUCCCACGG